UGGCCGCUGUUAGUAGUCGUCGAACAUUCGUACAGGAAACAACGUAUAUUACAGUGAUGUCCUUUUUAAACAACAAAACACUGUUUCCAAUAAAAUCUCUGCUAUUGUAUGUUGUGUUUUUAGUAUAGGAAAAUACGUGGUCAACAAACGUGAUAAACGUGGCGUCAUUUCCUGGUUGUCUGCGGUCAAAAAGUAAAGUGAAGACAAAUAUACACACAUAUAUAUAUAGUGACAGAGAAUAUAGUAGUGUUCGUUCUUUUAUUGCGUCGUCUUUGGUGAUUUGUUUUGACAUGUGUGUAGGCUGCCAUAUUGGAUUACAACAACCCUUAUAAAAAAAAGAGGCACACGCCACUAUUGUAUUCUGUUAGAAUUCGGAAGUCAUGAAAGGCGGAUCAUCAACCAAGUGGCGUAGUUAAGAUUGGUGUGGUUAAUGUCUGAUGGCGCGCGCUGGCACUCAACGCUGGAGGAAUCCUGCUCCAGAAGGUGACGAUGUGCAACGAUCGAUUGAGCUGCUGGACAAAGUGCUCUCAGAAUACGACGAGCACGAAACCGAGGGUGAAGGUGGCGGCGGCGGAGGCGUCGGAGGCGUCGGACUUGGCGAUUGCGGUAGCAGCACGGAACCUAGUAUCGGUCUCACUCCAGACGACGAGAGUCCCUCCUUAGGGCAUCAGUCAGAGGACGACGGCUAUAUGAGUAUGAAUGGACGGAAAGCAAAAAUGGCGUUGGUAGCACUACGUCCGGUUCCAGACUGUCCUGAACCGCAGGAUUGUGCAGGAGUUACCGCUCCGGAGUUUCCUCCGCCACCGGAAGAGGCAGAGCGCAUUAUCUCUACACUUCUCCCCAUGGUUUCUCCAGGAAACUCGUCAAAGAGAAGUGCUCAACCGUCUGGUCGUCGAAAUGGUCGACAGCAGUGGAUGGAAGAGUGUAAACGUCAUGGACACGCCGUUACCACUCAAACUACCCUGCCAAAAACGCGGCACCAACGUCCAUACGGUUGGGAAAAUGGAAAAGGCGAACCAUUCCGAUUGGCGAAACCACCGAGUCCACCGAGUAAAUUUGCUAGUCUCCCAUAUGAUGGUAAAGUAUCAUUCAAUUGGAUACCACCGAGAACGUGUCCGGCUGCAAUUGAAAAACAUCGUGAAGUUCGACGUCGAUCAUCGGAAGAGGAUCUCGAUAGUAAAAAUCCAAGUCCAGAAAAAGAGAGAUCAUCCCACAUAAGAAAACAAAGGCAAAAUAAUGAAAUUAUCAAAUCGAAUAGCGUUGAGGAUCGACUUUUAAUGAAUCAUCAUAAUCAUCAAAAUGGUGGUUCCGAUGAUGUGGAAUCAUCAUCGCGUCGUCGUAAUAAUUCUGAUUCAAGUGAAGGUCGUUUUUCCCGAAAUUCUGAGUCAGAACGUUCAUCAAUACCACGCUCGAGUUCAGUGAGCGUUGAACGUUUUUCAAUGAGGGCAAAUUGUGAUUCAUCGGAUUUUUCACGUGCCAAUUCAACGUCCAAUGAAAGAUUUCAUUCCGAUUUUUCGAUAGCUGUUGCCAGUGCAAGUUCAAAUGAUCAUGAUAUUGAUGAUGUUGAUAUACCAUUGUCAAAUCCAUUUAAUAUUAGAAAUUUGGAUUUUGUUUCAUUUUCAUUGCCACGCGCCGAAUCAAGUGAAAGAUUUUCAGCACAAACAUCCGAUAGAUGUUCGGAGGAACAUUAUUCUGAUAGAUUUUCAACAAGAAAUUCUGAUUUCUCAACGAGAAACUCUACGGAUUUUAGAACACAAUCGGAGGAGGAACAUUUCUCGGACGAUUCACUUGAGGAGAUGCUACCACCACCGCCACCAAUUAGCAAAAGACACUCAAUCGCUUGGGAAGUGUCGCUUGAGGACGAUCCACUUUAUGCGCCUGGUAGUACGAAAGUUGUUGGUAGAAGACGACGAAAAAGCAGCGACAUGUCAAGCGUUGGUUCAGCAUCGAAACUUAGGGACUUUGACGAUUGGCAAGAUCCUCGUGUUUCGACAACUGAUGAUGAUUUAAUAUCGCCAUAUUCUGAUUCAUCGACGAAUGAUCUUGAUCAAAUACAACCGCAGGAUUUGUCAAAAAGUGGAACUUAUGUAAUUCGAAAGGGUCGUAAGAAGGAGAGAAAAAUUUUACCAAAUUCACCAACACAAACAAAAACAAUUGAUGAUAAUGAUGAUAAUCGAUUAGCCGAGGUGAAACGUUAUUCAAGUACAUUUGACAAUAUCAAAAGUCUUUUGAAAGAAGGCGAAGGAAUGGAAAAUAAUUCAUCAACAAUUCCAAAUGAUUUGAUACGUGUUAUUUCACUACCGGCGAUAAAUAAUGAAAGUGGAAGUCGAACACAACUUGAAAUAACCGUCGAGGAAGAAGAAUCAUCUGAUAUAAUAAUCGAUAAUAAAAAUCGAUCUUAUGUAAAAAAGAAUAAUUACGAUGAUGAUGAUGAUGUUGAUGACGAUGUGGACGCUGGUGGUUUUUCUGGAAAAUUCAAUAAUUCUACCUCAAUGUCCAAUUCGAAAAGUUUGGACGCAAAAAUUGCCGUCAAUCAUUUCCUUGAAAAUAUACCGGCGAGUACACGAAAAUUGUCAAAUGAUCAACAACAUCAUCAUCGUUUAGAUUCAAAAAUACCAGUGAGUUUACUUAUUGAGGAUCAAAUUGUGAAAAAAGCCUUGAAUGAAAAUCGACGACAAUUGGAAAAGGUCAGUGAUGCAAUUAAGGAAAUUGAGAGUGUAAAAAAUAGCGAAUCCUACAUUGAUAGUAGUAAACGAUGGCGUAAUGGUGAUGUGAGAACGAGUUCAAAAAGAAAUAGUUACGAGAAUGAUCAACAACAAGAGAAAAAAAUUGCUGAUAAUCCCUUUGAUAAUCGUCCAAAAAGACAACAAAGUUCCGAUUCUGAAACAUCUAAAACAUCGAGCUCGGAAAUUGAUUUCGAUCGAAGAAAACUCAAUGGGAAUGAGGUUUAUUCAUCGGGCAGGCGUAUCCGGCAAAAUGGUAUCGAAAACCAUAAAAAUGAUCAGAAACAAAUCGAGAAUGUUAUCGAUGCUAUUCUUGAGGAUUCGAAGAAUCCAGAGUUUCAGGUGAGCGUUGAAGUUCUUGAAUUUCCGCCUCUACCACCAUCGCCAGUUGAAGAAGCUGACGAGGAAAGUUCUGAUGUGGGAAAUAAUGCCGUUAUUUUAACGAAAUCGAAAGCCCACAAUAAUCGAACGGUUGAAUAUAGACCGCGAGUACCUCCUCAUCGUGGCCUUAGCACCGACUCCAAGGAUCAUCAAAAUUCCCUUAACACAAGGUCCAUGGACGCAGGAUAUUCGAGAAGUCGACGAACGCCCACUGCCAGUAAUUCUAGACGAGAGGUACCUGUGGAACGAAGAACACUGCCAACAGAUUUACCAGGACCAUCGAGAAGAAGACCAUUCACGAAACGACAUUCGCCUUCAACAGAAGCAUGUUCAUCAAGCGGAAGUGGCGGCGGUGUAAUUGGAAAUGUCGCUACAAGUUCAGGAAUGCAAACGUCCUGUUCACUUCCGGAAACUCCUGUUUUUGCGAGAGGCAGCGAUAUUCCUCGGACACCCCAACACGGCGGAAAUCCAACGCAACCACGCCGACAACCCGGAUGGUACGCUCCCACCACAGCGACAACAGGGUAUCGGAGGAACAAUCCGGGAUUGGAGCAGGCAAUAAUUGGAACUGAAUUGCUGCGAUUGGCAGGCGGUCCAAAUAGAGGCUGGUAUCCAACGAGAAAAGCAAAUCAACCACGUCCAGCGUCAAUUGAACAUUUGGAGCGCCUUAACAGUACAUACGAUGCGAGACUUCCUGGUGCUGGUGAUCAGAGGAAACCAUUGACACUACCGACCAAUAUCACACCCAACAAAUACUUCGGCCAAAGUAAGCACAGCUCAGCCUCCAGUACACGCGAGGCGCUACGGAGGGUCACUAGCUUGCUCAUUAAGAAAGGAGGCGGAAGUAAAGAUGGAAAAGGAGGAAAAGACAACGUUGCACCUUCUGGUCCAUAUACAGUUGAAGCAAGUGAUGCGCCUAAGAAGAAAGGAUUUUUCAAGAAUUUUUGGAAGAGGUCACGUCACUAUUCUCUGGAAAACCAAUAGCCCAGGUGCGCCAGAGUAACCAAUCGCCAACGACAGCGCCAAGAAAAUCAUCAUCAACGCCACAUUGCCACCACAACUCUUUCAAGUAACCCUUGCUGUUGCAUUAUCCACUAACACAUGGACUUUUAAAAAAUUAAAA